CGCGUGCGCGGCGCUGCGACACACUCCGACCCCAUCCCGCGUUCCCAGGGGGCGGUGGGAAGCGGAAGUGCUCCGCUGACCCGGGAGGGCGGUCUCUAGUUCAUACUGGCUGUUGUCAUCGGCCUCUGAGGUUUCAGGCUCUUGGCGGUGAAGGUCAGAGUGCAGACCUGAGACCACUGCUCACCGACUUCAGACUCCAGUUUAUCUGUGCACCGGCUUCCUCACUUAGUCUCAGAAGACUUAGGCCGAGGCCUCAGAAGGAGAUCUCCAUCCUUUGUCCAGAGCAGAACAGGAUGUCCAUGUCCCAGGAAUCAUUGACCUUCAAGGACGUGUUUGUGGACUUCACCCUGGAGGAGUGGCAGCAACUGGACUCUGCCCAGAAGAACCUCUACAGGGAUGUCAUGCUUGAGAACUACAGCCACCUGGUGUCCGUGGGGUAUCUAGUUGUGAAGCCAGAUGUGAUCUUCAGGUUGGGACCAGGAGAAGAGUCCUGGAUGGCAGAUGGAGGGACCCCGGUACGGACCUGUGCAGGUGAGGACAGGCCAGAUGUAUCCAUUUUUGCCUCAUGUAUUUUGAAGUGCUGUUAUUAGAAGUCUGGCAAGUUGAUGAGCAGAUAGAUCACUACAAGGAAAGCCAAGACAAACUUCUGUGGCAAGCUGCAUUCAUAGGCAAGGAAACACUGAAGGAUGAAAGCGGUCAAGAAUCCAGAACAUGUAGAAAAAGCAUUUAUCUGAGCACAGAAUUUGAUUCUGUAAGACAAAGACUCCCUAAAUAUUAUUCAUGGGAAAAGGCAUUCAAAACAUAAUUUAAACUUUCUUAGUCAAAAUAGAAGCUAUGUAAGAAAGAAAGAUGAUGGAUGGGAUGUAAGGCAUAUUGGAAAGUAUGCCUCCAUUAUAAUCUUCAUAAAGCUCAACCUGCAGAGAGAUUUUUUGACCCUAAUCAACGAGGGAAAGCCGUCCACCAAAAGCAAGCCUUUAGAAAAAGUCAGAGAAGUCAAACUGGGGAGAAACUCUACAAAUGUACUGAAUGUGGAAAAGUGUUUAUCCAGAAAGCAAACUUAGUUGUACAUCAAAGAACUCACACCGGAGAGAAACCUUAUGAAUGCUGUGAAUGUGCAAAAGCCUUCAGCCAGAAGUCAACCCUCAUAGCACACCAGAGAACUCACACAGGGGAGAAGCCCUAUGAAUGCAGUGAAUGUGGAGAAACCUUUAUCCAGAAGUCACCACUUAUUAAACAUAAGAAAAUUCAUAUGGAGAGAGACCCUAUAAAUGCAGUGUCUGUGAGAAAGCCUUCAGUAGGAAGUCAACUCUCAUUAAACAUCAGAUAAUUCAUAUGGGAGAAACCUUAUGAAUGUAAUAAAUGUGGGAAAUCUUUUAGUGUUAAAUCAACUCUCAUUGUAUGUCACAGAACAUAAAUGCAUAAGUUGCAUGCUAUUGUGAGUAGUGUGAUGAAAUUUUACACUGUCCUGCUCUUUCCUGCUAAGGAUGCAAAUCAGUGAAUCUUUUUUUUUUUUUUUUUUGAGACAGAGUCUUGCUCUGUCAUCCAAACUGGAGUGCAGUGGCACAAUCUUGGCUCACUGCACCCUCCGCCUCUUGGGUUCAACCGAUUCUCCUGCCUCAACCUCCCAAAUAGCUGGGAUUAGAGGCACAUGCCACCAUACCCAGAUAAUUUGUAUUUUUAGUAGAGACAGGGUUUCACCAUGUUGGCCAGCCUGGUCUUGAACUCCUGACCUCAAGUGAUCCACCUGCCUCAGCCUCCCAAAGUGCUGGGAUUACAGGCGUGAGCCACUGCACCCAGCUCGAAUCAUCCUUUUGUCCAGUAUUAUAUCCAUGCUGUAUAUGCUACCCGCCCACUAGUCCCUUAGCUGUCUCAGUUGUCAGAUUGACUGUCAUGGGAUUGCAGUGCUUGCAUUAAAGCUACCCCUAUUGUAUAAUGACCCCAAAGUGCAAGAGUAGUGAUGUUGGCAAUUUGCAUACACCAAAAAUAAGUUAUAAAGUGCUUCCUUAAAGUGAAAUGGUUAAAGUUCUUGACUUAAUAAAGAAAAAAAAAGUAUGCUGAGGUUGUUAAGAUUUACAGUAAGAAUGAAUCUUCUAUCCAAGAAAUUGUGAAGAAGGAAAAAGAAACUUGUGCUAGUUUUGUUGUCACAUCUCAAACUGCAAAAGUUAGGCCACAGUGCAUCAUAAGUGCUAAGAUGAAAAAGACAUUAAAUUUGCGGAUGGAAGGCGUGAAUAGAAAUGGGUUCUGACAGCAAUCAGGUUCGGUACUAUUCACAGUUUCAGGCAUCCACUAGGGAUCUUGGAACAUAUCCCCCAUGGAUAAGGGAGGACUACUGUACCUUGUCAUAUUGUGCAUUAAAGAAUUCACUGAGUGUAAUCAUGUAAGUCUAACACACAUUUAAAAAGCCCUCAUAUCAUUUUGCCUUCGGUUGAUGUAAGAAAACUCAAAAGUUACUCAAAUCAUUCAAUAAAUGAUAAACUCUUUAUUUA